AUGCAGCAGCAGCAGCAGCAGCAGCAGCAGAGAGAUGAACCUAUAAGAAACAAAAAACAGCCCCAAUACAUCGAACAGCAGCAGCAGCCAACAGAGCAGCAGCAGCAGCAGCAGCAGCAGCAGCAGCAGCAGCAGCAGCAGCAGCAGGAGUGCAGCGACGGACAGCUCAUAAGUCCGUCUCAACAUUUGGACUAUCACAUACAGGUGAAGAAGAUGCAGCAGCAGCAGCAGCAGGACUGGGUGUAG